AUGCCCCCUCCCAUCCCCAACUGCCCACUUCCACCCUCAACAGCCCCCCUCACACCUCACCUCGACCCAACUUGGUCCCCCACAAAUCAAACUCCCAAUACCACUGCCCCAAACUCUCAAAAUCAUCCCACCCCUGCACACAACCAAUACCCUACCACCCCCCUCCUCCCCCUCCACCCCCACCCCCACCCCACCAGGAAGCGGCUUCCACACCCUCUCCCGAUACGAAACCACCUGCUCCCCCCCCUCGCCGCGCUCAUUAAAAACCUCAAAGAUCCGCCGCGUCCCGUCUCCGCCGGGCGCGCGCCCCUCCAGCCACCGCGCGAACACCUCCCACCCGCCGCGCUGCACGGCCAGGCUGAAUUCUUUCCCAGGCGCUGGGCCCAGGCGGCGGAAGGCGGUUUCGAUGGGGCCGAGGAUGACGUGUUCGAUGGCGAGACGCCGUACGCUUGGGAGAGUUGUUGGGAGUUGGGCGGCGAGGCGGUGGAGGUCGUUGGUGGGAGAGGAGAGGUCUGGAAAGGAGCUGGGGUUCGGGGAAUGGAUGUAACUCUGCCAGAGUCGCUUCAUAGUUUUAUCCCUGAAGACGUGGGGGUUGGUGAAGGUCCAGAGCAGCUCGGCGGAAGUGAUGGCGGCGAGGUGGGUUGGUGGCAUAAGACGGGGGAGGUCGAGAAGCAGAGGGAGGCUGGAGAAGUGGAAUGUGUUGGUGCGAUACAGGAUAUCGGUUCCUUCGCGGUACCUUCGGGAACGUGUCAGCGAAGUAGGGAGUCAUUAAGGAGGUAA